GGCGCUGCUGUAUUACGGGAAGUAGGUGACCGUGGAGGGGCGGACGCGGAUAAGAGCACAGUAAAGUUAUAUAAUUUGGUAGCCUGAUCUGCGGGCUGAAUUGUUUGUGUUGUGAAUAUUUUUCUCCGCGUCGUGUCGAGCUUUCCGAGCAUGGCGGAAUCCAGCGGCCGAUAUCAGCAGUUGCCCAAUGAAGAGGAACCAGAGGAGGCACAACAGGUGGCAAGUGAUGCUCCGCCCCCUUACAGCAGCAUCGCACCUGAAAAUGCAGCAUUUUUUGAUUACAAAGAUGAUGCCGCGUUCCCCAAGCCUCCCUCUUACAAUGUAGCCACAUCACUGCCAUCAUAUGAUGAGGCUGAGAGAAGCAAGGCGGAAGCUUCUGUCCCUCUUGUGGCAGGACGACACAGAGAACAUCUGGACACUUUUGAUGAUGUAACUCGUGCACUGGAGGAUGAAGACUUUGUGGCCAGGGAUGACUUUGAGGAUGCAGACCAGUUGCGAAUAGGCAAUGAUGGCAUUUUCAUGCUGACAUUCUUCAUGGCGUUCCUCUUCAACUGGAUUGGCUUCUUCCUGUCGUUCUGCCUCACCACUUCAGCAGCGGGCCGCUAUGGCGCCAUCUCUGGCUUUGGCUUGUCCCUCAUCAAGUGGAUCCUGAUUGUUCGAUUUUCAACAUACUUUCCUGGCUAUUUUGAUGGCCAAUAUUGGCUGUGGUGGGUGUUCCUGGUGCUUGGUUUCCUGCUCUUCCUCAGGGGCUUCAUCAACUAUGCCAAGAUCCGCAAAAUGGCAGACUCAUUUUCUACUCUCCCUCGAACCAGAGUUCUCUUCAUCUACUGAAGCUUUUUGAAAACUGAUCUUGGAUCCUGGAGCCACGGACCCAGUGAGAAAUGCAGAUUUAAAGAAAAAAGAAAGAAAAACAAAACUCUCCCGUGCGUAAUCUACAAAUCUAAAAAGGAAGGCCCAUUUUUCCUUCGGCAUGAUGGAAGGGGCCCCUCUCCUUUUUUUUUCUGAAAAAUGUCGCUCUGUUGGAGGAUGGCAAGACACACUUUCUAUGUUUCUAGAUGUAAACUUGUGGAUGCUAAAAAAAUGUUACUGUGUACAAAUUCAUUAGUGGUUUUAACGUCAAGUGCUUUUUGCAUUUCCAGUCAGUGAUAUGUACGUUAAUGCCUUAUUAUAUCUUUGUAGUAACGGCAUGCACUGUGCCCUGUUAUCCAAUAGGAGGCAGUCUUGUUGUUCUUUUUUUCCUUUCUAUUCUUUCUUUUUUUUUCCUCUGAUGACGUUUGACUUGGAAACAGCCAGUCGCUGUUGGUCACCAUUCACAAAGAUCCUUUCCUUUUUGUGAAUGGCAACGUUAGAUGAAUUGAAUCUAAAGCAGUGCUUUUCUUCUUUCUCUUUCUUCUUCUCUCUCCCUCUCUCUCUCUUUCUCUCUUUCGCUCUAGUUCUCUAGAUGACAUGAAAUUAAAGUUGCUUCUUUUAAGAUGUUACAUUUGAUGUGGUUCAGGCAGUAUGUGCUUUUUAUUGUCUGUAUAUUUAUUUUAAACACAACAAAAGCCCUAUAAACACUCGUCAUAUUGAGAGUGCUUAUUAUGGAAUGCUUUGUACAUGUGUUCUACAGGCAUGUUGCCCCAUGGGAAAUGAAAUUAGAGCUCAGAAUCCUGUACACUGUAAAUACUUUUUUUUUCUUCUUUAUGUAAGUCUGUAUGUAGCCCAUAUCACCCUCCAUCAAAGGAAUAUCAUCAGAGCACACUUUGAAUAAUGGCCCUGUUUUGGGGAACAGAUAUGGGUGCUUUUGCUUUCUUUCUUUCUUUCUUUUUUUUUUAAAGGAAUGUGAAUUAAAGCCCAUGUUUGGUUUAGUAAGAGAAGGACACGCAGGAGCACUGUUUUUGCCAUGAGCGCAGUCUAAGCAGCUUCCUUCAUGCUAUUCUUUCUGGAAGCACUGUGUAAUUGAGUUCUCUUUUGAUUAGGUGAAUGCGCCCUCAUUCGGGACAUCUUCCACCUUUUUCAACAUGGCCACUGUAGGGGCCUGUUUGAUCUCCUGCGGUUUAAUCGUGCACUUUUUUGUGUGUGUGUGUGUGUGUGUGUGUGAGACUUGUCUGCUCUUGUCACAGAAGGAGAUCAUCCGUGGAGCAGGAACCGGCUCUUUUGUACCCUUUGUUUUCCCAAACAGCUUUGCGGACAGCCUUCCAGUACGGAUGGAUGUACACAUGUACACGCCUGUAAAUAAGACAUUGCUAUUAAAGUCUCUGAUGUUGCAA